GCGAGAGACUUUCGGUGAGGAGCUAGGGUUGUGGACAGUGUGGGGUAACCAGGCGGAGACCUGUAGUUGAGGUCCUUAGCCGUUAGGGUUUUUCAGGUGUGAGAUGGGUAGGAGUGUGUCCAGGGUGGGAGUCGAGUCAGAGCUUACUCUUGAUCUGUGUGUCAGGAAACAUCUAAGGAUGUUGCCCUCUGGAAGGAAACAUACUGGGAAAUCUGGGAAGACAUCAAUGGAGGAUCAGAUUGUAAGAGCCUUUGACUUUGAGAAAGAAGAUAGAAAAGAUCUGAGUGGUUCAGAGGAGAAUGUUUCUCACGCAAAGACUCUAGCAGUUGAUAAGCUUGGGAAGAAAAGGACUUCUGCAGGAAUACUUGAAGAUAUGGGAGAUGAAGUACAGAAUAUGCUGGAAAAAAUAGGAGCUGACAUUAGCAAUUCUCUUCUUGCAAAGAAAAAAAGACUAGCAAUGUAUACCAAGGCUUCCCUCAAAACCAGUAACCAGAAAAUUGAACAUAUUUGGAAAAUCCAACAAGAUCUAAGACAGAAGCUUAAUCAAGAAUUUUCUCAGCAGUUUCUGACUUUGUUUCAGCAGUGGGAGAUAGAUGUGCAGAAAGCUGAGGAACAAGAAGAAAAACUAACUAAUUUGUUUCGACAGCAACAAAAGGUUUUUCAACAAUCUAGAGUUGUUCAGAGCCAGAGACUGAACGCAAUUAAACAGUUAUACGAGCAGUUCAUAAAGAGUAUGGACGACUUAGAGAAGAAUCAGGAUACUCUCCUUACUGGUGCACAAAAUGAACUUAAAAAAGAAAUGGCUUUGUUGCAAAAACAAAUUAUGAUGGACACUCAGCAGCAGGAGAUGGCAAAUGUUCGAAAGUCUCUUCAAUCCAUGUUAUUCUGAUGACUCUUUGAAGGAAGAAUUUGAACCUAAGUAAUAUGAUACAAUUAUAACAUUAGCAAAGAGGCAUAUAAGUCUUAGAGUGGUUUAAAAAUUCUAGUUUAAAAUAUUAUAUCAUGUUAAUCAUUAGCUUAAGUGCAAGCCUCCUCUUUCUCUUAACCUCCAAAUAAAAUCUAAACAGUUUUGUGAGUAGAAGCAAUCCCUAAACUGUAUGUGCCAAGCUUUCUGCCUUUUAAUAGUAAUAGUGAAUUUUUCUCUGUAACACUUGUCAGUUAACUUAGCAAUAAAGAUGAUUUAAUUUCAAA